CUGGCGCUGGCCCUGGCGUGCGCGGCGCGCAGCGCCGACGGGCCCAGCAACAUGUCCUACGUGAAGGCGACGGUGGACAGGCUGCUCCAGGGCUACGACAUCCGUCUCCGGCCCGACUUCGGAGGUCCGCCCGUGGACGUGGGCAUGCGGAUAGAGAUCGCCAGCAUCGACGUGGUCUCGGAAGUCAACAUGGACUAUACCCUGACCAUGUACUUCCAGCAGUCCUGGAGGGAUAAAAGGCUCUCUUAUUCUGGAAUACCUUUGAAUCUAACUCUGGACAACAGAGUGGCUGACCAGCUCUGGGUGCCGGACACAUAUUUCCUAAAUGACAAGAAGUCAUUUGUCCAUGGGGUGACAGUGAAAAACCAAAUGAUUCGACUCCAUCCGGAUGGGACAGUCCUUUAUGGCCUAAGGAUCACAACAACAGCUGCUUGCAUGAUGGAUCUACGCAGAUAUCCUCUGGAUGAACAAAACUGCACACUAGAAAUUGAAAGCUAUGGAUACACUACUGAUGAUAUUGAAUUUUACUGGAAUGGAGGAGAGUCAGCAGUAACGGGAGUUAAUAACAUUGAGCUCCCACAAUUUUCUAUUGUUGAUUACAAGAUGGUAUCAAAGAGAGUGGAAUUUACAACAGGAGCAUAUCCUCGAUUAUCACUAAGCUUCCGGCUUAAAAGAAAUAUUGGAUACUUCAUUUUGCAAACCUAUAUGCCUUCCACACUGAUCACAAUUCUGUCGUGGGUAUCUUUUUGGAUCAAUUAUGAUGCCUCUGCAGCCAGAGUUGCUCUAGGAAUCACAACUGUGCUGACCAUGACCACCAUCAGCACCCACCUCAGGGAGACCUUGCCAAAGAUUCCCUAUGUCAAGGCAAUAGAUAUUUACUUGAUAGGAUGCUUUGUGUUCGUGUUCCUGGCCUUGCUGGAAUAUGCCUUUGUAAACUACAUAUUCUUUGGGAAAGGACCCCAAAGUCAGAAAAAGGCAGCAGGCAGGGCAGGACAUGCUACAGGCAAGAAGAGCAGACUGGAAACAAAUAGAGUCCAGGAACUUGUCUUAAUUCACAUUCCUUCCUUGACACAGGUUGAUCCCCAUGGAAACAUGCUGCUUAGCCCAUUUGAAAUACGAAAUGACAUCAGCAGCUCAGACGUGUUCAUGAAUCUCCGUGAUCCCCAAGCCACCACGCACACAUAUGACAGUGCCAACCUGCAGUACAGAAGAGCCACUUUCAGCAGAGACCUCUGCAGUAGGACCACUUUGGACAGGCACAGGCUUCAUAAAAAAGGACACCUGCGAAGAAGGGCAUCCCAGAUCAAAGUCAAAAUCCCUGAUUUGACUGAUGUUAACUCGAUAGACAAGUGGUCCAGAAUAGUCUUUCCCAUCACAUUUAUUCUUUUCAAUGUUGUUUACUGGCUGUAUUAUGUACACUAA